AUGAGCGGAUUCCGGUUUUUGAAUCUCGUCCGCCCGUUUUUGCCCCUUCUUCCCGAGGUCUCGUCCCCCGACCGCAAAGUACCGUUCAACCAAAAAGUGCUCUGGACUGCCGUCACGCUCCUCAUCUUCCUCGUAUGCUCCCAAGUCCCGCUCUACGGCAUCAUGUCCUCGGACUCGGCCGACCCGCUCUACUGGAUGCGCGUCAUCCUCGCCUCGAACCGUGGCACGCUCAUGGAGCUCGGCAUCACCCCCAUCGUCACCUCGGGCAUGAUCAUCCAGCUCCUCGCCGGCGCAAACCUCAUCGAGGUCGACUUCUCGCUCAAGGAGGACCGCGCACUCUUUAGCGGAGCGCAGAAACUCUUCGCUCUUAUCCUCGCCCUCGGCCAAGGCACCGUCUACGUUCUCACCGGCAUGUACGGCCAGCCCAGCGACCUCGGUGCCGGCAUCUGCCUCCUCCUCAUCAUCCAGCUCAUCUCCGCCUCCCUCAUCGUCAUCCUCCUCGACGAGCUCCUCCAGAAGGGUUACGGUCUCGGCUCCGGUAUCUCGCUCUUCAUUGCAACCAACAUCUGCGAGUCUAUCGUUUGGAAGGCGUUUUCCCCCACCACCAUUAACACUGGCCGCGGCCCCGAGUUUGAGGGCGCCGUCGUCUCCCUUUUCCACCUCCUCUUCACUUGGAACGACAAGGGCCGCGCUCUCCGUGAGGCCUUCUGGCGUGAGCGUCUCCCCAACGUCAUGAACCUCGUCGCCACCGUCGCCGUCUUCGCCGUCGUCAUCUACCUCCAGGGUUUCCGGAUCGAGAUCCCCGUCAAGUCGAACCGCUUCCGUGGCCAGCGCGGCUCGUACCCCGUCAAGCUCUUCUACACUUCGAACAUGCCAAUCAUGCUCGAGUCGGCGCUCACCUCGAACGUAUUCAUCAUCUCCCAGAUGCUCGCCAACCGUUUCCCAACCAACUUUUUCGUCCGCCUCCUCGGCGUCUGGGAGCCGCUUGAGGACUCGCCCCAGCUCGCCGCCGUCUCUGGCAUCGCAUACUACAUGUCCCCGCCCCACACGCUCACCGCCGCGCUCCUCGACCCGAUCCAUACGGUCAUCUACAUCGCGUUCACUGUCACUGCCUGUGCGAUCUUCUCGAAGACCUGGAUUGAGGUCUCCGGCUCCGGCCCACGCGACAUCGCGAAGCAACUCAAGGACCAGCAGAUGGUCAUGGCCGGGCAUCGCGAAGGCUCGAUGUAUAAGGAGCUCAAGCGCGUCGUGCCCACCGCGGCCGCGCUCGGCGGCGCCAUCCUCGGUCUCUUGUCCGUCGUUGCCGACCUCAUGGGCGCGAUUGGCAGCGGCACCGGUAUCCUCAUGGCCGUCACCAUCAUCUACGGCU